GAAAAUCAAUGACUUAAUGCAAGUGCACGUGCAAAAACGCGAAAUUUAACUCCCUCGAAAUUAAAGAAUUAAGAGCUUUUCACUAAAACACGAAAAUUUAUGCCCUCGAAAUUUUCUAGCCAUACAGUAUGAAGGUGGGUGGUGAAGCAUUGAGUGGUAGUAAUUAGUCCUGCAUGGCUUUUUCCCUAGAAUAUGGUUACAGCCUUGUUAUGGAAUCCUGAAGCCAGCCUAUAUAGGAUCUAAGGGAUUGGUGGGCCUCCCCUACUACUAAUAUCAGCAAAUUGAGUUAACUCUCAUUAGCUGUUUAUUGUCACUUUGACGUCUUCUUUACACAAAGGUUGUCUUCUAGGAGGCUACUUCACUGCACCAUGGCAAUAAUAAUGCAGUCAUAAUUAAUUUAUAACUACUCCUGUUGUUCUGCUAUCUAUAGUGAGCUACAAUCCUCAGGAGAGAGGGAAAAGAGAAGAAAGGAAUCUUUUCUCUUUGUUAAAAGAUGUUUCAAUCCAGUCAUUCCUCUGUUUUUAUUCUCCUCUUGCUAGCUACUGCUGGAACUUCAUUCAAUUUUUGUGAAUCUAGUGUAGCUUCAGCUAAUGUCUCUUUACAAGUUGAUUGCUAUGAGUCAAAGAUUCUGUUCAAAUACAACUGGAAAGGAGAACAUGAUCUACUAUUUAUCCAUAGCCCAAAUCCAACUUGCUACCUCUCCAAUGGAACAGAGAUUGCUGCUUUUAAUUCUGAAGUGACAAUCGAUGCGGGACCAGGCUCUAAACUUACCUACAAUGAUACCAUCACAUUGUUCCUGCAAGGGACCCAGUUUCCACUGGAGACUGGAGCCUACUGCAACUGGAUGGCAUGCAUGCUAGUCAGAAUCAACGAGACCUUGCAUUUUUACAAUACUUCAGAGGAAUAUUCCUGCAGACUAAAAAGAGAAGCUUCUUUAUCAGUGACUAUUACCAGUAGCCCGACUGAUCAGUUAUUGACAACAACUGAUAAUUAUGAUAUACUAGCAACUACUGACACUUCAACACCAAUGGAAAUAAUAGUAACAGCAGGAUUAACAAGCCAAAAAGGGGCAACGACAAGUGGAUAUUACAUAAUCACUGAAAUGACUAACGUAAAGAGCAGCUCAAUGUUUCCAUCAGCAGAAGGUACAUACAUUAUAUUAACUGGAAUUAGAAGUACUAAGAAUGGACUGAGCAGUAGUUCUAAUGGAGGACAGACUCCAACCAUUACUAAUAACCCAAUAACCAGAGGGCAUCAGACAAUUGUUACAUACACACUGACUGGAGUAAUGAUUCUUAUACUGGGGUUCAGUUUAACAGCUUUGGUUAUGUCCUGCAUGAGCAUAAAGAGACGCAAGGAAUCAAGACGAACUGCACAAAUUUCAUCAAUGAAUGAACUACAUACAGUAACAUGCCAUGACAUUAUAGAAGAGAGCAGACAUAAAUUAAGUCUAUACAAAGAUAAUCAUUUAAAUGGCUCCGUAGUGACACUACUCCAUUCAUUAGAUUCUUCUACUCGUCUCUGUAAAGCAAGCUGUGAUAAAGCUACCAAACUGAAAGAGAGUGGAGGAGAUGGAGAGAGAUACAUGAUGACAGGAUUGAGCAUAAAUCAAGACAGCGAUGAAUACAAGAGACUAGCUAAAAGUUUAAUUGAACUAAGAUACACAGCAGGAAACACUGCAGGUGGUCAAAAGAGUAAAAGUCUGUCAACUUUGAAUAUUCACAACAGAUCACCCCAUCAUUUACUCCUGAACAAUGAGAAAGGGGGCCCUGUGGAAAAUAAUUUAUUUAACGUAGGACAUAAAAGCUCUGAGUCAACUAGCUGUUUGUACUUACAUGCAAGCAGUCAUGAACACACUCUUCACCAUGGUAAUGACACUCUCCCUGUGGGAAGCCAUACAAGAAGUAUUCAUGAGAAUGACAAGGAAGAUAAUGAGAGAAAUGACUUGCCACAGGUUUGGCAGCAAGGGACUAGAGCCAAGGCCAAACUGACCACAAACAACAAUGAUGGAGAGACAGCCAUUGAAACAGAGUACAUAGCCCAUGGAGAGAUUAGUAUGAAUGGUGAAAAUGUGAUAGUACCUGUCAGUCUAGGACCUGAUUAUGAAGGCACUUUUAGUGAUAAUAAUAUUAAUAAUAACACUGAUUUGAAAUCACAUGCUCACCUCAUUCAGCUCAAAUCAGUUUCUUUCUGUGAGUCGGGUUACCUUGAAACUCCACCCCACUUCUUACUUGUCUCAAAACAUGAAGUCCAUGGAUUCCAAUACUAGCCUCUGCCAUUUUGAUGAUAUCUUUGAGGAGUACGAUAAGACAGGAGGAGGAGCUAAGGGGUGUGGCUUGUCAUUUGCUAGUGAUUGUUACCUUCAUGAAUGGCCACCUUGAAAAACAAAGAACUAAUAAUAGUAAUAAUAAUAAUAAUAAAACUUAUAUUGACUUACCUCAUAUUGAUGCACACACAGCAUGUCUUUAUGGCUCCUUUUGUAAACAUAGCAACUGAACUGUCUUUAAUUUAAAAUGAUCAUUUUCUUGAGUUUAAUCAAGCAAUACAUUGACAUUAUACAA